AUGAGAAGAUAUUAUCAAGUAACUAUUAUCCCAAGUUAUUCUUUGAUUCAGGAUUUGAAGAGAAAAAGAAAUAUUGGGAGAAGAAAAUCCGCCCAGCGCACACUACCUGCACCCAGCGGAUUUGAGGCGAGAAGAAUCCUCCCAGCGUUGGAAAAGUCGCACUCAACGGAUUUGCAAUCGAGAGAAGGUCCACCAAGAGCCAAAAUCCGCCUAACGCCUUCUGAGAUGCGCCCAGCGGAUUGGACA